AUGAUGGCAUAUAAUCAUUAUGGUUACAACAGUUUGAAAAACGAUCAGACCAACAAACGACUGAGGACCGACUACGAUCGGGAUUCGCGAACCAACAGUUCCUUAUCGUCGACGUAUGAAGACGGCCGUCGUAAGAACCCUGAAACACAACCCAACCACAUAUUGCUGUUGACCAUAACAAAAGUUACUUACCCGAUUAACACCGAUGUAAUCCAUACAAUAUCCAAAGAUCACGGUAACGUUGUGCGGAUAGUUAUAUUUCGAAAACGUGGUGUACAAGCAAUGGUGGAAUAUGAAGAAGUGGACCAGGCCAUUCGAGCCAAGCAACUAAUGGACGGUGCUGAUAUAUACCAAGGAUGUUGUACGUUAAGAGUAGAGUAUGCCAAACCAUCUAAGUUAAAUGUCUAUAAAAAUGACUCUGAAACAUGGGAUUAUACUACGCCUAACCCUGGUGAAAAGAAAACUACACCCCUGUUACCAGAUCCUCCAAGAGCUCCACUUAUAUCUACUCGGCCUACAUUCCCUCGAUUUGAUUUUGAAUGUCGAGGUGGACUGUUAUCUACACCCCAUGAUUUACCUAAUAACAAUUAUGGUGAAAGCUAUCCAGCAACUCCUGGGCGUUGUGUAUUAAUGGUUUACGGUUUAGAUCCUGACAAAGCCAACUGUAAUCGACUAUUUAAUUUGUUUUGUUUGUAUGGGAAUGUUGUCAAAAUAAAAUUUUUAAAAAGUAAAGAAGGUUGUGCAAUGGUACAGAUGGAUAAUGAAAUGUCAGUAGAUCGAUGUAUGGACAAUUUGAAUAAGCUAACACUCAUCAGUGGUAACGUGUUGCAGCUGCAAGUAUCAAAACAAAUGUAUUUAUCUGACAUCAUGGUACCAUAUGAUCUACCUGAUGGUACACCAUCAUUCAAAGAUUAUUCUAAUUCAAAAAAUAACAGGUAAAUAAUAUUAGUUUAGCAAAUCAACACACUAUUAAUUAAGUUUAAAUACUUAAGUGUUUACUUAUUUUCCAUAUGUAAAUACUUUCAAAUUUUAAUAAAUUAUAUUUCAAUUUUCUUAUGUUUAAUAUAAAUUUUAAAUUAUAAAGGUAUUAGUGUUUGUUUUAUUAUUAAUAUUAAGUAUUAUUAUUUUAAGUUUUAAAACUUUUGGUAAAUUUUGUCAUCAGGUACUAUGGUCUUAGUUGUUAAUAUUUAUUAUUUUAAAUAAAUAUUGAAUAUGUUUUAAGUAUUAAUGUAUUUUAAUUGCAGAUAUCAUUCAAAUUCAAAUGGAAAAAACCGGCGUCAGAAUCCAUCCAGCGUGUUGCAUUUUUUUAAUGCUCCACCAAACAUAUCAGAAGAUGAUUUAUCCCAGACAAUAAGCAAAGCUCUAAAAGAUGUUGAUCCAAAAAUAACUAUUAAAAUGUUUCCUCCUAAAGGUACAGAAGCACGUAGUUCAUCUGGACUUGUUGAGUUUACAGAUAUGGCUACUGCCGUGGAAGUUAUUAUGGCUGUCAAUCAUUGGCCAAUAAAAUGUGAAUCAUCCAAGUUUCCGUACUUACUCAGACUAUGCUUUUCAUCGCUGCCCAAAGGAAUAGCGAAUGCAGAGUCAGCAUAG